GUGUUAACCUCAAAUACGAAUGGCGCGGCCGUCUUGGAAGAACGAAACGUCACGGUCCGAGACGAUUUCUUGGUUUAUGGGUUGUCCGGAAAAUUGAAAGAAAGCGAAAACUCGUCGCCCAACACGUAGCGUACACGAACUCAAUAUGUGCAGACCGUCAGUGCGAAAAACACGGGAAACGCGAAAAAACCAAAAACAUUUCAUGGAAGGGACGCGUUAACUCCUUGGCUUGUCAACGGACAACUUAUUUUGUUAUUAUUUAUUUUUUAUUUUUUCCCUCAGUGUUUACUAUUUGCUCACGUUUACGUUGUCUAUCGCAUCAUUCUUUUUUUAUCAUUUUAACGUUCGAUUCCGCUGUCUCGACUUGUAUGUUUGAGAGUGUGUACGUUCGCUCGUCCCGUCAGAGUCGAAUUAUUUUUUUUAUUAACCCGUAACCGAUUGCACUGCAUCUGCGUGAUCCACCACAGGAGGUUUGUAUCCAAAAUUUGCCGAUGAUCCACAAACGACUAGCAAAUGUCAAAAGUUAUGGUUGAUUAUCAUUGUAGGCGCAAAAGCGUUGUGAUUACGUUAUGAUCGUGGCGCAACAACAUCAUGCUGCAAUCUUCCAAACCGAAGGUCACCGACCUAAAUCCACAUUUGUUAUGUGUUCUGUGUGGUGGAUACUUUGUAGAUGCUACAACAGUAAUCGAAUGUUUACAUUCCUUUUGUCGGAGUUGUAUUGUCAAAUAUCUCGAACGCAACAAAUAUUGUCCAAUAUGCGACGUAUUAAUUCACAAAUCCAAACCUCUAUCCAAUAUCAGGCCAGAUCAUACUCUACAGACUAUUGUUUACAAACUUGUCCCAUUUUUAUUUCAAAAAGAAAUGUCUUUAAGAAGAGACUUUUAUAGUCAAAAACAUUUGUAUAUACCACGAGAUUUACUUAGUCGUGGUGUUGUACCAGAGAAUUAUCAUGUUUUUGCUACCAAUGAACGAAUUAGUGUAUGUCUUUAUUAUGAACUGGAUAAUACAGAUCAAAUAUUUAAACAAGAAGCAUAUAAAUACUACUUGUGGUGUCAAGUAACAAUGACAGUUUUAGCUUUGAAAAAAUUAAUAUACCUAAAAUAUGAAUUAACACCAAAUGAUUAUCAUAGUGUAGAAAUCUUUCACCAAAAUAAUUUAUUAGAUGAUCAUUUAACUAUAAUGGAUAUUAUUUAUAUGUUUGAUUGGAAAAGGAAAGAACCAUUAACAAUUGCUUAUCGUAUUCUUAAAACCGAAAUUCAACCUCUUCCUCAUAAUGAAAUUGUUAGAAAAGAAAACAUGUUGGCCCCUCAAAGAGAUAAUGAAAAUUCCAAAGAAGAAAAAAAUGAUUUACAUCUUCAAGCUAUUGCUAAUACAGAGAUAAAAGUUGAAGAAGUACCUACAAAAUUAGAAGAAAAAUCUAUGGCUAUUGUUAAGAUACCAGAUUCUAAAGAAGUACAAUUAGAAAUUAGCGAAAAUGGGAUCAUGAAAGUUACAAAUAUUAUUCAGAGUAGAGAAACUAUUCAAGCUAAUGUUACUAUUGAACCUACUGAUGUAAUCAAGAAUGAAAAUUCAUCUAAACUUGAAGAUAAUAAAAAAAAUAAUGAUGAUGAUAAGAAAAAAACCUUAAAAGUUUAUCCAGGAUCUAAGAUAAAAAAGACAAAACCUAAAUUAGAUACUAUUGUUGAAAAAAUUAAAAAACAAGGAACUAAGUACAAAACAUUAACAACUCCAACCAAACAUUGGAAUCCUAGUAUAUCAAAGAGUUCAAUUUUAGCCAAAAAAAAAGAAAUGAAUGGAGUAGAUAAAAAAAGUCAAAAGUUUUUCAAAUCAAGAGAUAAAAAAAAUGAAGAUAAAGCAGAAGAAAAUUUAAAAAGAUUAGCUGAAGUACCUUUAAUGAAAAUAAAUCCUCAGACAUUAUGUCCAAUCAUGCCUUCUACUCCAGCUAAGAAAUCUAAAAAGCUUACUCCUAAAAAGAACACUUUAGCUCAUUCUUUGGCUCUACUACCUGUUCGGCCAGUCAAUAAUAAUCCAUUUACCAAUCCAUUGAAUCCUUUCAUGUAUGGAACAUAUUCGAAUAAUUCUAAUGGAGGUCCAGGAGAACCAAAUGAUUUUCUUAAAGCUAUGUCUGAACUGUGUCCACCAUCAUCGGCUUACCAUAAUUCAUUGCCUCCAUCUGUCAGUGUACUUCUUAAUCCUCUGUAUACACAUCACAGACAAAGUCAAGCUAAAAAAAUACCUACAACUGUACCUCAAUCACCUGAUGUACAAAAAUUACCUUCCAAUAAACUAGACACUAAAACUGAACAGAUAGAAGAUAAAAAAAAUGCUGACAAUAAAGAUGAUGAAUGCACUAAUAAUAACAAAGGCGAAGAAAAAAUGGAAGUAGAUAAUGAAAAAGAAAAAGAAUAAACUUAGAGUACCAUGAAAUUUCUAUAACUCGUAAAUAGUCUUUAAAGCAUCAUGACAAUAAGAUUUGUAAAAAUGCAUGCAAAUUUACCUAAAUAAGUUAUUUAAUCACUAUAGAACAUGAAAUUCAAGGGGAUCUCCAAGACUUAUUUAUAACAAAAUUUUAGUUUUAGUCAUAUUUAUUUCCUUUUUUAUUUCCACUUAGUAUAUGAGAUUUUAUUUUUUGUGAUACUAUAAUCUUUUACUGGUGGGUAAUUCCUAUUGAAGAAUUGUUAUUAAUAUAUAUUUUUUAAGCUGGUAGUUAGGAAUGUUUCUUACAAUAUUAUAGAUUUACAUUUAUUUUUUGAGUACUUGUAUGAUAAUUUUAUAGUGCAGUAAAACCUCGAUAAGAUGGAAUCGCUUGGGACCAUGAAAUUUUUUUGUGUUAACGGGGUUUCCGUCUUAUCAAGGUUUUGUUGUAUAAUCAUUAUUUCCUACCAAAAAAUUAACUAGUACUAGUUAUUAUAUACUUCUAUUUUGUUUAAAUUGUUUACAGUAAUGUAUAUUUGUGAGUUUUUUCUUCUUCAAAUUUAUAAAUCAAACUACGAUAUAAAGUUAGGAUUGUUAGCAAUUUUCCUGUGCAUAAUAAAUAUCAAUUGGUGGAUUGAGGUUCAAAAUAGCUUCAAUACAUUAAAGCAUAGUUGUCUUUUACGACUCGUUCAUAAUAAUUCCAACAACAAUAACUGAAUAUAAAGAAGUAAUGUAAUAUUUUAUUAUACCUGUGUUCUAAAAUGUUUAAUACAAUACAUUUUUUUAUAAAUUAGAUUACCCUUGUUUUAUGUUCUAUAUCUUUCAAAUAAGUUUCUAUAUAAAUUUGUAGCCAAAUUUUAAUGUUUUGCUUGUUUUAAAAUUUUUAUUGAAAUUUCUCUCAAAUUCUAGUCUUAGAUUAAGAUGUAAAUUUUGUAAAAAAGAAAAAAUGUUAAUAAUUUUAUUCAUGUGCCUUCAGUAUUUAAUACCCAUUGCUCACAUACUUAUGUGAUAUCGAUAUAUGUUUAUGUAUUGCAGCUCAAUUUUUUUUAAAUGCAUUGGAAAAUUAAUGUACAUUGUACAGGGUAAUAUGCACUAAUCUCUAAGAUUGUGUGAUGAUUUAUAUAUUCUUCUGUGGUAUAAUUAAUUUCAUGUUGACUAAUGAUUUUUUUUUUAUAUACUUUUCAAUAAUUUCAACU